CCCAUGCAAGCAGACGCGCCAUUUUGAAUAUGGCGAUACCCAACGCUGUUUUUGUUUAUGAUCGACGAGAAAAAGACGAAUCUGAAAAAUCUAUUGCAUUUGACGAGAUCAAAUCAUUUUCGGACUUUCGGUCUCGAAUUCUGCAGGUUUUUGGUCUCAAGAAAAAUGAUAAAUUUGUGAUUGCAACAACAAACAGAGAAGAAAUUAAGGACAAUGAAUCCUGGAGUUCCAUCGAUGCUGGUGAAACUCUAUACCUUCUUAAGUCGUUGGACCAAGAGCUGUGUGCUCCCGCCCAGGAGAGAGUCAACUAUCUGCCGCACUAUGACACCAUUGUCAAAGGAGGGAUGUACGAGUACUAUGCAUCGGAAGGACAGAAUCCACUACCCUUUGCAUUUGCUGAGCUAAUUGACAACUCCCUGGCAGCUACAAGGAACAACCAAGGGUCUAGAACAAUUGAAAUCAGAAUGCAUUUAGAUGAGUCCACUGUGUAUGUCAUUGACAACGGAAAGGGAAUGACCUCAAGGCAGCUUAACAACUGGGCCAUAUACCGUCUCUCCAAGUUCAUCAGGAAAGACAAACGGUCCAAAGUAAACCUGGAUGAAACUGUUGAGGAAGAGGAGUCGUUUGUGGACCACAACAUGCCCAAGUCUCUCAACAGUGAUAUCUCAUACUUUGGUGUGGGCGGAAAACAGGCCGUCUUCUUCAUCGGCGAUGCCACAAGGAUGAUAUCAAGGCCAGUAGGUUCUAAAGACGUCCAUGAAUUGACAAUCUCCAAGACAGAAUUUGAACAGAAAGAGAAAAAUCAUGAAGAAAUAUACAGUGGCUUUAUACGAAACAGAAAGCCUGGAGAUGCCACUCACGUCCCGGAGGAGGACGAGACCCUACGCAGCCUGAUACAGGAGGAGUCGAGCUGGGAACACUUCACGGUGGUGGUCGUACAGGGCAUAGGCAGGGAGCACGCGACAUACCUGCGGGAGAAGAUCAAAGAGUGGCCUCGACAACUAGCACAUAUUUACCACUACUACCUUCAUGGGCCCAAUGGCAAUGUGGACAAUGGAGAGAGUACAGCGAGGGCACCGUCUCCCUUCCAGAACAUUGAUAUACAGAUCAAAAUGAACCAGAAACAGCAGAUUUUAAAACAGAUCAGCCUGAGGGACAUAGAGGACGACAUGCAGAGCCUGUUUGUGCGGGGGGCAGCCAGCACGUUUGAGUUUACUGCCAUCAUAGAGGGGACCAAGGUGGAGGGGGUACUGCGAUAUCACCCCUUCAUGUACGACAGGGAGACUUACCCCUUUGAUUACAACGAGAAAGUUGAAAUGACUUUCGAGGACGAGCAUGGUUAUGCAGUGUCCGAAGUCCCUGCGCGUGGACGCAAGCCAAUCUUUGAGUGCUUCUGGAAUGGACGUCUCAUACCUUACACUCUUAUAGACAGCUUUGAAUGGUGUGAACCACCCAAAAAGGUGAAAACUGUUCCAGCGGAAUGUUACAACAGAGUGUCUGGCGUACUGUGGACAGAUGACAACUUUCAAGUGAGCACCAACAAACUCACCUUCAUAGAUCUCGAGUUGAAACUGAGGGACAAGUUGGCCGUCUUCAACAGGAUUGUCAAUGGGCAGGAAAAGCGGACGUCAAUUGAGAAGGAGUACACCUCCUGGCUGAAGGAGUGCCACGAGCAGUUUGACAAGCAGAUCCACUUCACGCAGUACCAGGGCCAGAUCGUGAGACUGGACCUGCCAAAGCAUCGCCAGGCGCCCUGGGCCGCUUACACACAGGUUGAGUGGGACGGCAAGGUCUAUAAGGCCGGACAAAUGGUUCGUAUAGUUCGCACAAUUCCAUUUUUCCUGGGGACCAUUAACCGUAUCCUGCUGUAUGGAGACCACACCGGGGACACGUUUGCCACUGGAGGUGAUCUGGAGGUCAUACAGGAGCCCCAGUCCCUGUACAAUGAAGUGAAGAUUGUGCCCCUGUCCAAGCUGGACCGGGCAGCCAGCGCUGGGCUGGUGAAGAAGUACAUAGACGAAGAGGAAUCUAAAUUACCAAGUUCCUUAGAGAUCUCCUGGCCGGAUGGUUACGAGGUCGUGAACAACGAGAGAAGACGGGCUGGCCAGACUAUUGGUGACAUCAAGAUCGAGAUUUUGAACAGGAAAGGUGACAAGAUUAGCAAGCUGCCCGGCAAGGAACAUGCCUCUAAGAAACUGCUGGUGGAGCUCAAAGUCAUAUGGCAUGGGCCCACAGGGGAUCAGGUGAUAGUCUCUCACAUCAGUCAACAUGGGAAGACGUGGCCAUACUGGUUCAGGAAGAUGGAGAACUUUCCCAAUCUGGGCAGCUACACCCUCCAUCUGCAGGCAAUCAUCAAUGAGAGUGGGGAGGACAUGUUUGCAGGGAUACCCCUGCCAUCGCAUAAGAUCAAGUUCUUUGUCAUGGAGGGAGAUGCAGAGAAGUUCAGUGUGGGUCACUUGGAAGGUCCGUGCCGUGUGGGUGUGCCGUUCAACAUUCCCCUGGACCUCCUGGACGCCAUGGGCAACCCUGCCCGGAUUGAUGGAAGGAACACCUCUCCAGCCCUGGAGGCCAGUGGUCUAGAGCUGAAGUUUGGCAGUACCAGUAUAAAGGGCCAUACACUGACCAUCAAAGACGUGGAGGCUAGGGGACCAGUGGGGUCAAGCGCUGGAAAGAGUUUCAACCUGAGUAUCUCUGUACCAGAACUGAAUAACUUCUCCCAGGUGUUGAAGAUACGACUAUUGCCAGGCCCAGUAGCGUCCCUGAGUGUGAGUCCAGAGGAUGAUCAGAUUGUGGAGAAUGGAACGUCCCCAGCAUUCCGAGUACAGGCCCUGGACAUCUCUGGCAACCCAACAUCCCUUGAACCAAGGCAGAGUGUCGUGUGUAAGCUAAGUGGUGCGGCAGGUCUUCCCAGCUACUCCCUGGACACUAUCACUCAUGUGGGAGCCAACAUGACAGGAGAGGCUAUACUGCUCAAGAAAGUCAAGGAAGAAAAUAAACUCACUGCGAAAUUUGAUGUUCAGGGUUUAAAGGGCAUUAAGUCGUUGGAGCGUAGGCUGAUUGUGGUUCCCAGUGGUAAGGUGUCGGAUCUGCAAGUGUUCUACCCUCAUGCGGACACUGGCAAACCAGUCUUGAUAACUAACAGCGUGGAAGUGGUGAAACCUGCUGGAGAGAUGCUAGAUGGAUUGACGUUUGUAUUGUAUGAUGAAGCCGAAAGAGAGGUGCAGAUCACAGAGAAACUUGCCAGUAAAAUCAAGGUGAACUGGGUGGCCAAGCCCAGUAAGGAGCUUCUGAUGAAAGGUCAGCUACCAGGGGUCAAGGCCACUAACUCUUGCUCGGAGCUCAAGUACUGUCAGGUGUCAGUGGCAGAGGGAGCCGGGCUCGAGCUUGGAUUUGUGCUCAAGACUGUAGCAGGUGAUCCCCAAAGGCUGAGCUGCAGUGUGACUGGCUCUAACAAGAUCCAGAUAGGUCAUCCAUUGCCAGGGGUUAUAUAUGUGUUUUUGCUAGACAAGUUUGGAAACACUUUGGAGUCAGAGGGGCCAAGUCUAAGCAAGGAAUUGGUUGUGACUGGGGAUAACUUGAAGACAGACCUCUGUAAAAUAACAUAUGAUAAGCCCCUCAAGACCGCCAUUAUCAAGGGUAUCAUGUUUGAGGGUGCUGCCAUAGGCAAGAAAGAACUGAUGGUACAGUGGCGACACCUCAAGGAAUAUGUGCGACUAGAAAUGGAAGCCGGGCCUCCUGCUCAGAUCAAACUGCUCAACUACAAUCCAGAGGAGGAGCUGGUGCUGUUCAGUGAGACAGAGCUACCCCGGCCCCUGCAGCUACAGCUGGUAGAUGAGGGGGGAAACCCUGCCAGGGUGGCUGAUAUCAGGGUACUUCUCAUCAAGGAUGCUAAACUCAAGUUAAUCCCGAAUGUGCUACAGAACAAGACCAAUAAAGAUGGCAUUGCAGAUUUUGGUAUACUCACUGCUUCUUGCCCUAAUGGCACAUACGAGAUCCAGACAAAGGCUUUCAUUUCUGCAAGUUUUGCGAUCUCAGGACCCAAGUUGAAGAUCUCGGUGGCCCCUGAUCCCACACGUCCCACCAACCUCAAGGUCAAUUAUAACCACAAGGGGUCGCUGACUGUGGGACAAGCUUUACCUGAGUACACCGUUGAAGUACAGACAGAGGAUGGUAACCCUCUCACAUCAGCCAAGGCCUCGCAUGUCUCCCUGAAGCUAUGGAAGUCUGAUGGAUUGGAAAACACAAGCCUCCCCAGCAGGACACUAUCCUACAGUCCAGACUCUUCUAAAACCAGAAAGUCAGAUGCUGGCAUAUUCCACUUUAGGAACAUCAUAGCCCCAGAGGAGUCGGGUACCUAUAACAUCAUGUUUGUGUACUACGAUGGGAAGCACCAGCUGUUCAGUAGUAUCAUUAAUUCCAAGAUUGAGCCAUCAUUGCCGGUGAAGCUUGUCAUGCUUGGUAACAUCGGCACGGCAACCGUCUCCAAUGUGAAGAACUUUAACCUUCGAUGCAUAGUACGGAGUCUCAAGCUUGAAAUGCGGGACAAGUAUAAUAACCAUGUGGCCAAAGGGAUGAACGGCAAGGUUAAUGUGUCAGUGUCCUGUCAGACCGAUGAGAAGGUGCUGCCUCUACUGACUGGGAUGACCAACAAGCAGAAACAGAUUGCAUUUACCCUCAGUGCCGGCACUUGUACUGUACAGAAUGUGUGCAUAUCGGAGGGCAGCCCGGGUAUAGACGGAUGUCAGUAUGCGCUCGUCUUCUCUGUGGACUGUGACACCAUCCAGAACAAAACUGACAUAGAGUCACUGCAGCUGCCGUUCUUGUUCUAUGAUGAUGCAAAGAAGCAACAGGAGAUGGCAUCUCUAACAAAGGAACGGGACAGCCUGCAGAAUGCAAUAAGGACGUACAAGUCCCUGUUUGAGACAUCUGAACAAUUGAUUGAAGAGCUGAAAAUAUCUGUCAAAGAAGCCAAGGCAGACGAGUUGAAGGUCAGAGAGGAGCUUAGGAAGCUUAAUGUCCCAAAUACAUCCUUGACCUCAAUUGAUGCAGUAGAAAGGACCACCAAGCAGUACGUUGACAAGAAAGCGGCAGAGAUGUCUCAAAAGAGACGAGUGUGUGGCUUGGCUACAAUUUUUCCAAAUGACCCAGAGGUGCUGGGAAAGAUUGGUCACCUAGCGCUGAUCGGGGACGAGGAUGCAGCCCGGGUACUGUCAUGGCACAUGUCAUCUGACAUGGACUGUGUGGUCACCAUAACUACGAAGAAGGCCAAAGAGAUCUAUUCACAGACUGGGGGCAAACAACAGGUUCUUCCUCUUGACUCCAUCUUCAAGAAGAGUCUGACAGAGUGGAACAAGCCUCUUCCCCAUAUCAAGUACAAGCCGAGCUGGAAACCGGCAGGGAACCCAAUGUUUGCCAGAAAUCUCAUAUCCUUUCACAAGCAUGAGGACAUGUGCAGAACAGUAUUUUCCAUGUUACUUGGUGACACUCUCUGGAUUGACAGCUUGGAUGAAGCUAAUGCUUACCGUUUUGAGCUGGUCAAGUACACCAACUGCCCAACAAUUUUGACCAGAGACGGUGACCGUAUCCGUAGCAACGGCAAGUUUGGCGGUCUCAUGAACAAAGCACCGUCCAUUGAGAAGUUAAGGGGGGUAGUAUUUGGAGCCCCUGUCUCAGAAAAAUACCACCAGAUCUGUUCAGUGAUAGACUCGCUGACAAGCCUGAAGUCGUCACUGCUGUCCCACCAAACUGCGGCCGAGGAAUUGUCCGACCAGCUGGCCGUGCUAGAGACCCCAGAGAUGAAGACAAAGUACGAGGAAUGUAAAGAGGCAGAGAAACAGCUGAUUGCCCUAGAGAGAAGGAUUGGUGUGAAAGGUAUGAGCUCACCCCAGCAAUCUGUGACUACCCUCACACCAAAGAUCACCAAGCGAACCCCAGAUGUGGAAGAAAAUCAGCAGUUCGUGAAGCGGUCACGAACCUCGUCUGGUCAUUCUGAGGUCAAUGGGUCAUCUUCUCCGGCAACCCCAGCCAGUUUUCCAAUCACUCCAACAAGACAAAGUCGCCGACUGGCUUCUCAAAGCCCGGCAUCUGCAGAGGGAAGGAAGAAAUUCAAAAGUUCCUGAUAGCUGAUGUACACACAUUUUAAACAGAUUAUUAGCAAUACAUUGUGCAGUCUUUGGAAUGAAAGGACCUAUCUUAAAAGUUAACAAGAAUGAGAUAGGCUGGUGUUGUAUUAAGGUUGCUGUACAUUUGCCUUUAAUGAUGUUGCAAGGUUACUUUUAAUACUAGAUUUAUAAUCAACUAAAUUGCAUGAACUAGAAAAGUGGACACUGAUUUUAUUAUUUGAUUGCAUAUUGUAUGUUUUUACUGCAUUAAUUGGUUAGUAGUUGUUUGCGUGCCAUGACUUGUUAUAUGAAAAUUCAUACACCAUCACUCUAUCCUACUGAGCUGGUUAACAAAUGAAAUAGCUACUAUUUUAAUGUUGUACGUUGCUCAUGUCAGAACUAUUGAGUUCAAGUUUAGAACGCAUGUCUUCAUCUGCAACAUCUCCAUACAAAUUAUGUGUAGUCAUGCAUCUUCAAAGCUCAGUUUUAUGCGUUUAAAAAAUCUGUUCCCUGCAAAAAUCCUGUUUGAGCGGAAAGUUUUCACGGCCCAUAUUGUUCUGUACAUUCAUUGUGAUUACACAUGAUCAUAGAUGUGUACACUAACUGAUACUCACAUAAACAUUUUUUGAAGUCACUCAUUUAACAUGUUUCAAAGUAUUAUUUUCUCAUGUUUACCUGUCAAAAUUGUUCUGGGUCUAUUCAGUGCAUUUAAAAUAGAUGCAAGUUACAAAUAUGGUUUCUGAUGGACACUUUUAACCUUGCAAUCAGAGUUGAGAGUGUAGAAGAGUAUCCGCUCAAUAUACACAUUUAUUAGAUAAAGUAAUUGAUGUUCAUCUGCAUUUUUUCUCACCAAUAACUACAUUGUUUGUAGUUCUGUUGUGAAAUAAAUGUUUCCCUUUAUCAUUUGUUGAAACAUUCAUAAUUUUAUUUGAUAAACCCGUUCAAUUGUUUCACUUUGUUAACUUUCUCAUUUUAUAUUUGACAUAUGUUAUUGUUGUUGUGACGUUAAUAGCAUUGUACAUUUUGCAUUUGUAUUUCAUCAAAGAUUCUGCCCAAAAUUGUUCUUUCUGCUGAAUAUGUCUGUGUUAAAAACAACAGUUUUGCUACCACCACAUGUUGUUUACAUGGAACCAAUAGAAAGUGUACAUUUGACCUGUGUUGUGCGAAAAUGGGUCUAAUACCAUGCACGGCCAGCCUAGCUCCAGACCAGCCUGCUGUUUGAUGCAGUCUGUCUCAUUAGUGGACAAAAUGUCUCCUCAUCAGAGUAUACAGCUACAGAGGCACAUCUCGAGCAAUACUGAUUUAAUAUGUUUUAAGGCCCAUUUUCACAUACUGAUUUAAUAUGUUUUAAGGCCCAUUUUCACAUACUGAUUUAAUAUGUUUUAAGGCCCAUUUUCACAUACUGAUUUGAUAUGUUUUAAGGCCCAUUUUCACAUACUUAUUUAAUAUGUUUUAAGGCCCAUUUUCACAUACUGAUUUGAUAUGUUUUAAGGCCCUUUUUCACAUACUGAUUUGAUAUGUUUUAAGGCCCAUUUUCACAUAACAAAGCUGAUGUAUCAUAAGCAAGAAUGGCACUUUACAUACACACGUUGAAAGCAACAAGGGCUUAUCAGAUUUCUUUGAACACCUGUCAUAUAAUUUUUCUGUUAUAUUUAAUAAUAUUUAGACUUUGUAUCUGGCUAUCCGAUUUGUGAAUGAAUUUCAUGUGUUUAACUUGUAUUGUUCUUUGCGUACCAAUACAUGCUACAUUUAGUAUUUUACAGUUGAUCUCAGGGUUGGACUAGAAUUUUCACAAUCAUCAUUUUGUGUAAUGCUUAAAUGUUUCAAUUAUAUUAGGAGGUACAUCAGACACUUCAUGUAGCGUUUUAUGUGCUUAACUUAAAUUAAUCAUUAAUAGGCUGGUGUCUAGAAAAACUGGUAUUUAUGGAUGUGCUUAAAGUAUUGCCCAAGAUUAGGCUGUGAUGACCACACAUUCUUUGAAGGCAGUCUCUUCUUAACAUAAUUUAGUCUUGGUGGAAAGUGUUAUCCCCGAGUAUCCUGUUUGGACUGCGCAGGCUAAUCUGGGAUGAUACUUUGUGCACAUACAUUAAGCCUUUUAUUCCCUGAGACGGGCUUUGUUUAUUGCAUUAAGAGUAGUGAUUUUCUUUAGUUUUAACUAUGUUGAUAACCAUUUUGCUUGUUGUUUUAAAAUUGUUUUACCAUUCAGAAUUCAUUUGAAAAAAUAUAUUUGUAUAAAAACACACACUUAAAUCAGUUAUGCAGUUAAAUCAGAGCUAGCCUGUUACUAUUUUAAAACUGGUCUUAAUGGAUGUGCUUAAACUUUGCCCAAGAUUAGGCUGUGCAGACCACACAGGCUUAUCAGGAAUGGCACUUUCCCCUUUUAUAUAAGUGUUUGUAUGAAGGAAGUCUGUUCUUAACUAAAUCCAGUCUAGGUGGAAAGUGUUAUCUCCGAGUAAUCUGUUUGGAAUACAUCCAGUCUAGGUGGAAAGUGUUAUCUCCGAGUAAUCUGUUUGGAAUACAUCCAGUCUAGAUGGAAAGUGUUAUCUCCGAGUUAUCUGUUUGGAAUACAGUCUAGGUGGAAAGUGUUAUCUCCGAGUAAUCUGUUUGGAAUACAGUCUAGGUGGAAAGUGUUAUCUCCGAGUAAUCUGUUUGGAAUACAGUCUAGGUGGAAAGUGUUAUCUCCGAGUAAUCUGUUUGGAAUACAGUCUAGGUGGAAAGUGUUAUCUCCGAGUAAUCUGUUUGGAAUACAGUCUAGGUGGAAAGUGUUAUCUCCGAGUAAUCUGUUUGGAAUACAGUCUAGGUGGAAAGUGUUAUCUCCGAGUAAUCUGUUUGGAAUACAGUCUAGGUGGAAAGUGUUAUCUCCGAGUAAUCUGUUUGGAAUACAGUCUAGGUGGAAAGUGUUAUCUCCGAGUAAUCUGUUUGGAAUACAGUCUAGGUGGAAAGUGUUAUCUCCUAGUAAUCUGUUUGGAAUACAGUCUAGGUGGAAAGUGUUAUCUCCGAGUAAUCUGUUUGGAAUACACAGGCUAAUCUGGGAUGAUACUUUUAGUGCAUGCAUUAAGCCAUUUUUCCUUGAGACGGGCUAAAAUGUUUCCUUUAUACAUUAAGAGUAGUGAUUUUUUUUAUGUUGAUAACCAUUAUGCUUGUUGUUUUUCAAUUGGUAUGAAAUUCUGUAUUCAUUUAAAUUGUUGACAUUUGAAAAAAAAAUACAACAACACUUAAAUCAGUUAUGCAUGUGAUGUAUAUAGCUAGCCUAUGACUAUUUUAAAUCAAUAAAAAUAUAGCAUUUGAUAUUUACUUCAGCUCUUGGUUGUAAAAAAGAGUAAUCUAAAUAAAUAUCCUAUCUUAUCACACAAUAAAAUAAAAAUUAAUAGCAGGAGUUUAAUUUUAUGAUUUUACAAAGUUUACUUUGUAUUGCCUUUAGAGCUAUGUUGCAAUUAAUUCUGGACAUAAGGGAAGUGUAUAUAUGUGUGCAUGCCUAAAUUCAUUGGUGAGAUAGAGCUUUCAGUCAUAGCAUAAGUUACAUGUUUUCUUAAUUCUUAAAGUGAUUCAAAUUACAGGAUUGCCAGUUAGUUUGUUUUAAACACCAUCGAAAGUGAGGUUUCAUCAUUAUAUGCUGCUAUUUCUUAUAAAGUGUCUAAAAUGGUGUACAGUAAGAAUUUCAGACCUAUAGUAGUUGGCUCAGAGAUCAUUAUGCAAUAAUGGGUCUUAUGCCAUACGCCGCCAGAGUAACUCCAGACCAGCCUGUGCAACUGCAGUGAUUGUGUGCAUAGUCAGGUUAGGAGCUACCAAUUCCACUAUAGUCAUGCAAGGUUCUCAUUAGUGGACUGGUUCACUCUUGACCAGUAUGUACAACUGUGCAGUCUGUCUGGAGCAGGGCUUGCCACAUGCAAGGUUCUCAUUAGUGGACUGGUUCACUCUUGACCAGUAUGUAUGACUGUGCAGUCUGCCUUGAGCAGGGUUUGCCACAUGCAAGGUUCUCAUUAGGGGACUGGUUCGCUCUUGACCAGUAUGUAUGACUGUGCAGUCUGUCUGGAGCAGGGUUUGCCACAUAUGGCAUAAACCCCAUUUUGGCAUAACUUUGGUCUUCUUUAUCAAGGUUCUUAAGUAAUUUGUAUAUUGCAAAUUAAUGACUAUUUAACAAAAAAUACUAUCGCACCAUCCAAAUCAGCCUAGAAAAAAUAAUACCAUAUUACUAUUAGUAACAGCUCUUUUAACACUUCACCACUAAAAUACGUAUUUUGACGCAUUUGUAGUCUCUUAUUUCUGUAUUUCUGUAUAUAUUUUUAUAGUCUGUAAAUUUAAUUUAUGACCUUUCAUACUAAAUUAAAGUUAAAAAGGCUUAAUUUUCAAGCCUUAGAUACUGAUUAGCAGCAAACAGCAUAAAACCUGAACAGACUGUGAGUUACUCGUAGGCUGUUCUGGAUAUAUGCUGUUUGCACAUUUUCACUUUGCUUCUGAGUGGGAAAGGGUUAAAUAAUGCUUUUUAUAGAAAAUUAAUAAAGAUUUCACAGUUGUUAUAUGUUUCAUAUGUAGAACUUUGAGUCUUAAUAAAUACCAAUCCAUGUCUUGUAUUGUAAAUAUUCAUUGUAGAGUUACGAAAGUUCAUUUUGUGUUCUGAUUGUGUUCCAGUUUUUAGAUAUUAAUGUUGUUUUGUACAAAGGUUACAAUAAAAUAUUCAAGCCUA